GAGAGAGAGAGAGAGGAGAGUUCGGAUCGACCACCGACGUUCUCCAAUCGGAGUGUCGCUCUUUCGGGUUUGUUCUUUUCCCAAACUCGAAACCCUAAUUUCCUAAUUUUCUUUUUUAAUUUAUUUUCUCAUGUUUAGCAGCAGAUCGUUUCUCUUUCACUGUCCAAAACCCUAGUUCGGUACAGAUUAAACCUCUUUAACCUUUAAAGUUUAGGGAUUAGAUUUAUUGGAUCGGUGAUGUUGAAACGCUAGGGUUGGAACGAAUUGAUCGAGGGGACUUCUAGGGUUUUUGAGGAAGAUUGGAAAAUUUUGGGUGGCUGGGCUUUGUUUCAUGUAUGGAUUCGGGGACCUUAGGCGCUAACGAGUCGAAUUCGAGAGAAAAGCAUAGAUGGGGUGAGAGUCAAAAAGUCUAUACCCGGAAGAUUCACCACCAGAAAGCCCUCAAGACCAACACCACCGCCACAAAUAUCACCUCUACAACAACCACCGAGAACAACAACGCCGCCACCGCUACCGCCGAAAAUAGCAACAACGACAAUAACAACACCAAGAACCAGAACGACAACGUUUUGCAACAGUCUUCGCAAACCCUAGCUACCGAAGAUGCGAAUUCGGCGCAGCAACAGCAGCCUCGGUUUGAUAUGGUGUCUGAUGAUUCCUCGAGUCACAAUCUCCCGCUUGGAGCAGUGGUGCCCAAUGGGCGUGAACCGUGUACUGGAAACGGGGCAGCUAAUGGGGCGGUGAAGUCGUUGAUUACAAGAGUUGAUGAUAGGGUUAGGAUUAAUUUGGGGGCGGCAGUGAGGUCAAAAAAUGGAAGUAGAGAGCUUAGGAAGAAUUUAUUUUGCGAGCUUGGUGAGGUUAGGAGUUUAAUCAAGAAGCUUGAAGCUAAGGAGGUUCAGCUUAUUGAGUGUAAUACUACUACUGCUGGAGGUGGUGGUGCUGGUGAUAGUCAUUCCCAGUAUUCUGGGAAUGGUAUGAGAGAGAGUACAGAGUUAGUGAGGUUGAAUUCGGACUUGAGUUCUCUGGGACAUCAUGAUUCCAGGCCUGGGAAUGGUUUGAGAGAGAGGACAGAGUUAGUGAGAUUGAAUUCGAAGGUGGGUUCGCUGGGACCUCAUGAUUCCAGGCCCUCUAGGCAGUUAAGUGUUUUGGUGAUGGAGAACAAUCACAAUCAUGGGGUUGUUGGUGAAUUUGUUGAGAAAGAGAAGAGGACUCCGAAGGCUAAUCAAUAUUACCAGAAUUCUGAUUUCCUUCUUGGGAAGGACAGGUUACCUCCAGAGACUAACAAGAAGUUGAAAUCCAAUGGUGGGAAGAAGCAUGGAGGAGGCAUGUCUUAUGGAUUUGGUAUUGAUAAGAAUAGAAAUCAAAUGCUUAGGGCAUGUAACAAUUUGCUUCAAAGGUUGAUGAAGCACAAGCAUGGCUGGGUGUUUAAUGAGCCAGUGAAUGCACACGAUUUGGGGCUGCAUGAUUAUCAUGAUAUUAUUAAGCACCCGAUGGAUUUGGGUACAAUUAAGACUAGGCUAGCGCAGAACUGGUACAAGUCUCCGAGGGAAUUUGCAGAGGAUGUAAGACUUACUUUCCAUAAUGCUAUGACCUAUAAUCCGAAAGGACAAGAUGUUCACAUUAUGGCAGAUGAGUUGUUGAAGAUUUUUGAAGAGAGGUGGGUUGUGAUAGAGACCGAGUAUAAUCCUGACUGGUGGUAUCAAAUGUAUCAUGAUGCUGGGUUGCCAACUCCCUUUACAAGAAAGGCUCCCCCUGUGCCUCCCCCUCUUACACCUGUGCCCCAAAUGAGGACUUUAGAUAGAUCGGAAUCCGUGACAACCCCUGUUGAUUCCAUGAUAAAAUCCUCAUAUUCUUUGCCCGUUGGAAGGACACCGGUUCCGAAGAAACCUAAGGCAAAGGAUCUGAAUAAAAGGGACAUGACAUUUGAGGAGAAGCAGAGGCUUAGCACAAACCUUCAGAGCUUACCUUCAGAAAAACUUGAUGCGAUUGUUCAGAUCAUUAAGAGGAGGAAUACGGCGCUUUGUCAGCAUGAUGAUGAGAUAGAGGUGGACAUAGACAGUGUUGAUGCAGAAACACUGUGGGAACUUGAUAGGUUUGUGACCAAUUACAAGAAGAGCUUGAGCAAGUACAAGAGAAAGGCUGAACUUGCUCUUCAAGCAAGAACUGAAGUUAGUGCUAUUCCAGCAAUGAACCCAGCCCCAGCUGUUGUGGAGGCACAGAAAAAAAGUAAAAUAGAUGAGACGAAUGUUGCUUCUUCUUCUCCUGUUCAAGGAGAAAAGCAAGGGGAUAAUGCAAGUAGGUCUAGUAGUUCAAGCAGUUCUAGUAGUGAUUCUGGAUCCUCUUCAAGUGAAUCCGACAGUGAUAGUUCCUCUGCACAUGAAUCAGAUGCAGGGCAUUCACCGAAGGCUUGAAUGGAUUUGACCAAAGGUAGGAAGCAGUGGUUUGGCUAAUGAAUAUAAUUCGUUUCUUUGUUUUUUUUUUUGUAUAAUGUAGUCUAAUAAAAUCUGGAAUAUUUUAGUUUUGUGUACAAGUUUUAAUAGUUGCAGCUGCAAAAUCUCUCUGGGGUUAUCUUUCAAUUCUGCAUGAAUCAUUUUUGAGUUUGAAGGGUUGUGUGAUGAAUUCCCACUGGUAUAGUGGCAGAAAUUUACAAUUCUGCUGUUUAUCGCUUAAUCUCGCCUGCUGUUUUGAAUUGGGUCACCCUUUCUUUGGUUGAAGUAGCCCUGACUUUGGUUUUAGUCAGUUUAAAGACAUUAACCCAUUCCACUUGCAGCCAUGUUGAUCAAAAGGGCUUAGUUUAAUGACUUUACCACUCGCACUCAUAUUAGAAGAUUCUCACUCCCUAUGGUUAACAUUCACCCCAUUCAUAGCCUCAUAGGUGCACAUUCUAUGUUGAUUUGAAUGGCCCGGGUCUUUCAAGGUGCAUAUGGGCUUACAAAAAUAUAGCCUCAUAGGUGGACAUUCACCCUAUGCUUACAAAAAUAUUAGUAGAUCAUUAGCUUGUUUAUCACAAUUUUACAUGGAAUAUUGGUACAUUAUUUGAAUGAUUCGUGGAGAAUGUCGCAGUCUCUGCAGGAACACUCCUGAUGAAUCUAAUUCAGUUUUCACAUGGGGUUUCCUGCUUUUGGCCAACUCCUAGUGGGCAAAAUUGUCUACUGGGGUUGAUCCCGCAGUAUGUUAUCCUAGAAAUUGGAUGCAUGUUGAGUGAGUAAGCAUCCUUGUUCGUAAUAUUUAGGUUUCAUUUUUUGCGGAACUGUUGUUGUCCUUGGCAGUUCGAAAUAUGGGGUUUUACUUGCCCAUAUUGCUUUAGGGAACCACAUAAGCCCGUAAGUAGGAACCCCUGUUGGACAAAUAUUUGCUUGUUUCUAGUUAACUUUCAGACUCCUUAUCCCUGUAUUGACGAGCACCUCAACAUUAAUUUGAGCCCUUGUGAGUAAUAAUUAUUUAUGUGUUUUUAAUGUAUUUUUGGUGCUAAGGAGAAGUAUCUGAAAGACUAUAAUUCCUUGGAAUUAUGUGAGGUCUCUGCUCUGUCUUAGAAUGCCCAGUGACAGACUUUUUACAUGUUAUCAUUUCCCUAGAGAACUAAUAAUACAAAGAUUGAAUGGGUGGAUGUUGAUGAUGAGUUGAUGACUACUCUGCCAUAAAUUGAGCUGCCUAACAAUUGCAGAAUAAGAGAUUAUGCAACGAUCUUGGCAGAAUGACUUGUCCCAGCUAUUUGGGUUUUGAUUCAUCAUCAGCCCAAAAUAUGCACAGAGCAUGUCUUCAUCAUAUGAUACCAGCAGAAUGCUAAGAAAUCUUAUGAUAGAGAGAGCUCUCCUUGGUUGUCUGAAGUAAUUCGAUUGUUAGUCUGUGCUGUCACUUAAAUCAUUUUCCAGUAAAAUGGAAUACAUGUGGGAGAGUAGAUUAUGAAAUCAUUCCGUAGAAUUUAUUCAAGGAAACUUGCAUGUAUUUGUCUGUUUGGAAUUGGCAGAUUGAAUAUAAGGUGUAGGUAACUAAAAGAGUAGAAAAUGUUGAGAUGGUUGCAGUAGGAGGUGCCCAUAAUUAGUAAAAUAAAAGCGAGAUGGAAGAAAAUUUGAACCAAAGAAACAGCUCAUUAGAGAGAAUUCUUUCAUUAUUGACAUGUAAAUCUUGUAGGACCAAAUGACCUUUAGACAUGGACAACCAUUACUUGAAUUUUAAUCUUGAAGGACUUCGCAAUUACUUCAACUGGAAUAUGUUUUCAGCGGUUAUUUUCCAUUUUGACCUACCAUGGGGGUGCACACGUGUUUUAGAUGUAGUUUCUUCCUAGUUUUAGAGAAGUGACUUAUAUUGGCUGUUUCUUUUUCUAGUUUUUCAUUCUGUGCUUUCAUAAGAUAUGGUGAAGUUAAGUUGAUAAGUUUUCCAAUGAUGCAGCAUAUCUCUUGGUUGGAUGGCUGUGCCUGUUAUG